AUGCCAGGAACGCGUGCCACGCCUGCUUGUUUUACUGUGUUGCGCUAUAGUAGUCGCAACUUUGUGCGCGCGCCUUGUAACUCGUGCGUGAAUGAGGAAAUAUGUAGCUCCGUGCGCGCGCGUGCGCCUUUACACCCCGCCUCCUGCGCGAAAAACAACGAGCUUCCUUUCACCACCCCGUCUCCCGACCCGCUUGCGUCUUUCCCCUAUUCUCCCGUCCCGCGCCUCCGCAGCACCACUCUGUCGGCCGACAGCGGCUGGGCGCCUCCUGACGGCCAGAGCUGGCGGAACGGCAACUGCCGGUUCCUUCUGACGGCCCGCUGUGCCGUUGUUCGGCAUUUCCCAGCCGCCGCCAAGCCCGCCGCCGAAGCCGCCGCCCAGGCCCCCGCCCAGCCCCCCGCCUCCGACACGAUCUCCUCCUCCGCCUCCGCGCCCUCCUUCCCCGCCGCCUCGGCCUCCUCCGCGCCCCCCGCGCCCUCCUCCCCGUCCGCCCUCCCCGCCACCAUCUCCGCCAUCUCCUCCGCGCAGCCCUCCGCGUCCUCCCCCCUCCCCUCCGUCUCCCCCGCCCUCUCCCCCGCCCCGCCCUCCGUCUCCCCCUCCAUCUCCCCCUCCCAGUCCCCCUCCCCUCCCGCCUCCUCGCUCCCCAUCUCCUCCCCCGCCGUCUCCCCCUCGCCCACCUCCCCCGCGGCCUCCCCCAUCUCCGCCGCCUUCUCCGCCUCCCCAUCCCCCACGACCGCCACCACCUCCGCCUCCCGUCCCCCCCCCACCAAAGCCGCCGACUCCCCCGCCGAGUCCCCCCCCUUCCCCUCCCCCGCGCCCGCCUCCUCCCUCGCCCCGUCCGCCUCCCCCUCGACCUCCACCAUCGCCGCCACCCCGUCCUCCUCCAUCUCCCCCCAAACCUCCGCCGCCCGCCCUUCCCCCGCCGCCACCCCCCCGCCCACCACCCUCCCCUCCGCCCAGCCCUCCCCCUCGUCCCCCUCCCAGCCCUCCAAUUCCCCCCCCACCUCCGCCUCCCCCAUCCCCUUUCCCCCCACCCCCUCAACCCCCGCCUCCUUCCCCCCCUCCGUUUCCCCCUCCUCCUUCUCCCCCUCCGCCCAACCCCCCGCCUCCGCCUUCCCCCCCGCCUCCGCCACCUCCGCUUCCGCCGCUACCGCCGGGCCAAUACGAUCCGCGAUACCUGGGCGCCGUGGGGGACGGCGCCGCGAACGACACGGGACCGGUUCAAGCGACGUUCAAGCAGGCCAUGUUGAUAUCGUCUCCUUUUCCCCUUCCCCCCCUUCCACACCCGUCACCAGCAUCGGCAGCCUAGGCGAGUCUGGCAGUCUAGCGUGUGUGUCGGACAUCCGAGUGCAGAACGUGCAGCUAGCAGCGCUCUCCAACGGGCUGCGCAUCAAAACCUACCAGGGCGGCCAGGGCGCCGUCUGGAACGUUCUCUACGAAAACGUCACCAUGCAGGACGUUAAAUACCCCAUCAUUAUUGACCAGUACUACUGCGACAUCAGCGCAAGCUUAUGCGUGGUCCAGCAGAGUGCAGUGGCCAUCUUCAACAUCACAUACCGCAAUGUGCAGGGCACCACCAACGGCACCCGCGGCAUCACCUUCAACUGCAGCUCCUCCGUGCCCUGCCAGCAGAUUCUCCUCGAUGACAUCAAUAUAGAUUCGUCGUAUCCGGACGGGCACUCCAAGUCGUUCCUACAGCCCACGUAUAUGAACGUCUAUGGGCUGUCCACGGGAACAAUUAUCCCCGCUGUGUUGAACGAUACAGAUGCGAGCGGAUGGGUAGAUGCGGGGUUGCCUGUAGACCAGGCAGCUAAUUUUAUGAGUCAGUCCCCCUCCCUCUCCUCCUCCUCCCCCUCCCCCCAGCCCACCGCCGUCGCCGCCGCCCCGACCGCCCCCCAUGCCUCCCCCACGCCCUCCGCCGUCCCCCCCUCCUGCUCCGCCUCCUCCCCCCUUGCCUCCGCCUUCUCCCCCUCCCCCUCCCCCUCUUCCUCCCCCGUCCCCACCUCCGCCACCCCCUGCCCUACCCCCUCCUCCUCCGGGUAA